AUGGAGCUACCAUUUGAGGUGUUAGUCUAUCUAUUCAAGUACUUACCGAAAUCUGAUAGAAAAGCAGCCAGUGAAACAUGUCGCUCCUGGUACUUAGCUGCUAAUGAUCAGUGCUUUUUGAAGAACAAAGUUGCUGUAUUUUACAAAACCAUUUUCAAUGAAGAAUCAUCUUCACCACUUCAAAUAUUUGAGGACUCACCUAUCACAUAUUACAACUACUUAUUCAAUGAAGUGGAAAUAUCAAGUAAACAAAAUGAAUUCUGGAACAAACUGGGUGAACACAUACAAUGUUUGACACUGAGGAACUGUGAUAUUUGUGAAAAAGUAUUUGUUCACAUACUACAAAAGUGUACAAAUCUAGAAACAUUGAAUGUACAGAACUGCAAGGAACUCUUUAUGUCUGGAUGUCUAUUAGAAGGGAAGAGUGAAGGAUUUCUAACUGAAAAUCUAGAAAAUUUAAAAUCUUUGAGUCUGUCAGGAAAUCAGUACCUCACAGAUGCACUGUUCAAUAGAUUUACAUCAGCUGCACCAGCAUUACAAGAGUUGGACUUGUCUGCAUGCUCAUUGCAGUUCCAUGCAGGUUUAGUUAAAAAGUUCUACCCGCCAGGUACUGACAUAUUUUUAAACCCUUCAGAAAGUGUAUUGACAUUUUAUUUUAUACUGCAGCUAAUUAUAAGUAGAGCCAAAAAUAUUAAGCGUUUGCAUUUCUCUUGUACUCUGAUUGAUGGAGCUGCACUCAAGGCUCUAUCAGAAAUAAAAGAUUUAGAGCUUACCUCAUUGCAAGCACAUUCCUGUGAUCAGCUGACUAAUACUGGUAUACUAUCUCUGACAAGUUAUCAAACAUCUCUGAAAGAGCUUGACAUAGGCUUGUGCACAAGAGUAACUGACCAAUCACUUGUACAUAUAUGUAAGAAUCUAGUCAACCUGGAAUCCCUCAAUAUACAAAGAUGUCGAGCCGUGACUGAUUUGGGAAUAACAGAACUGCACAAGUUAAAGAAAUUAAAGUCUUUAAAUAUAUCGCAGUGCGAGCUGCUGACUAAAGAGGGUCUCGAAAAAGGGAUUUGUGCUGGAGAAAACCAAAGUCUCGAGGAACUGGAUAUCAACUCAUUGAAUAUAGAUCAGACUGGUGUCAUUAUGAUCUCUGAAAGGCUUCCUAACUUGCGUAUGUUGAACUUGAGCUACUGCUUUAAUGCUGUAACAGAUACUUCAGUACAAGUCAUAUUUAAAAAUCAAUUGCUUCUUCAAAUUUUAAAACUGAGUCAUUGUGACAAGGUGUCUGAUGCUGGAUUAACUGGUAUGGGGAAAGUCGAAAUAAAAGAAGGUGAAGAUGGUCCAAUAAUGUCGAAUAUUGAUGAAUCACACAUGUCACCUAAGAUUCACUUAGGAUCAAGAGCAGAAGAAGAAAUAGUGAGAGAUGCUAAACGAAAGAAAGAUGUCAUGCUUAUGUGUGAAAAACUAUCAAUGGAUUCUUACACCGGCUACUCACUUGCUCGCUUGAGGAGCCUCAAAGAAUUGGAUAUAAGUGGAUGCAAUAGAAUAACAGAUGUGAGCUUGACCUAUGCUUUUAAUUUCAAAGAACUGAUUAAACUAAAUUUAAGCAGAUGCCAGCAAAUUACUUAUGAAGGAAUAGAACAUUUAGUCAAAAACUGUCCCAGUAUUGAAUAUAUUAACCUGAUAGAUUGCUAUAAUUUGAAUGAUAAAGCUGUUGAAGAUAUAACCAAAAACUUGCAGAGAUUGAAGCACCUGGAACUAAGGGGUUGUAAUCAGCUAAGUGACAAAACUUUGGAAGCUGUGAGAGCAUAUUGCAGUAAGCUUCAGUUUCUGGACGUGCAGGGAUGUCGCCACAUGUCACCCGAACUGGCGUGUUCUAUCGGUUCUUUACCUUCUCUGCAUACAGUAUUGAUGUCAAAACCAGGACCUUACAUAGAAGAUGGGAAAAAGAAUAGAGCUCCUGCCCCUGCAUUUUUACCUGCUUUAAUGAGAAAACUACGCUUACAUUAA